UACUCGAGAAGAUGGUUCCAUCAGCGAUUACAAUCCUAUAUUCUUCUUUAUUGGCGUUCAUUGCGACGAAUCUUAACUAUACGAAUGAUAUCAACGAUAGUGGAACACUAAACGAUAUCAACGAAUCUGAAUUCAUACUGAAUUUGAUAUUCAAUACAAUCUAUAAAGACGCGCAAAAAACCACAUUCCAUUUAUACACUCGACACAACCCAAAAAUUGGACGGCAGCUAUUCAUCGACGAUCUGAAUAGUAUUAAGAAGAGUUUUUGGAAUCCUGAUCAUCCUACUCGACUGAUCAUUCAUGGAUGGAAAGGAGACUGCGAAUCAACCAUUUGCACUGACAUUCGAGACGCCUAUCUCAAUGUUGGCGAUUACAAUAUCAUUCUGAUCGACUGGCGGGCAGCAGCCAAUCAUUUGUACUCAAAAUCCGCGAGAGGUACGCCAAUUGUGUCACAUUACAUAGCCCUUUUGAUAGAUUUCCUGGAGAACAAUGCAAGUCUCGAUCCUGAUAGAACCGCAAUAAUCGGAUAUUCAUUGGGAGGGCAUAUCGCCAGUCUCAGCGCUCGUUUUGCGACUGGCAAGAUCAGAGAAGUAGUUGCUUUAGAUCCUGCAGGACCUUGUUUCGAGUAUAAAGAACCAGGAAAAAGAGCGGAUAAGACGGACGCGAUUUUAGUCCAAGUAAUACACACCUGCAUAAAGUAUAUAGGCAUAAAAGCAGCGAUCGGCACGUCUGAUUUUUAUGUCAACGGCGGCGAGGAGCAACCAGGAUGCGGUCGGAUCAGAUGGAUCGGCAAUUUAAUGGCAAUAACAUGCGCGCACAUGCGAGCUCUUGAUUAUUACAUCGAGUCCAUCCUAAAUCCUAGGGGUUUCCGCGCCGGAAAAGUGUUCAUGGGUGGACCAUCCCUCGAUCCAAAUGCACGUGGAGUGUACGUUCUGAAGACUGCCGACAGAUCACCAUUUGCACUCGGAUAGCAAUACGGAUAACAC